UUGAUUUGGAUUAGAGUCUUCGAUUACAUGGUUUAGUUUUUUUUUUUAUUUUCAAGAUUAAGAAAGUUUUAAUUUAUGUUUUUGGUUUAUUCAAUUUUUCUCUAACACAUAAACACAUAAAAAGAAGAGGGAGAUUGUGUAUUCUGUUACAGAGAUCCAUAAUUUUUGGAGCUCACCCAAAUAACCUUCAAACUUGCUGUGACCACCAAGAUUAAUGAGAAAAUGGAUGAAAAUAUUGACGAAAUGAAUUGUGGAUACAGGUCAGAUUCAAUACUGAUGAGACUUCUAAGCUCUGCCAUGGACAAUGCUUAUGAAAAAGUAGAGUCUCCAGAUGGGCCAAUAGAGUGCCUGCACCAGAGAUCUAUAUUCUAUCAACUUUCCAUCAUUCAAAUAAAGGCUUGUUAUGAUUUGAUUCAACAAGAAACGGACAGUUGUAUCUGCCGAGAUAACAUGCUAGUAGACCUGAUACAACUCCAAGAUCUUCUCCAAGCGCGUCUGGAAAAAAUGAAGACCGCAAUCCAAGAAAAAGAUUCUGAGUUGAUUGAAAGAUCAAAGAAUGAGUUUAAGCUUAGGCAUGCAUUGGCAUCUAAAGAAAGACAGAUCCGACAUUUAUAUGCUAGUAUUGAGAUUGAAAGAGCUAAAAGUAAGAGCUUUCAGGAUUUUAUUCUUAAUUCUCAGGCCAAUAACCGGGAUGAAGCAAAAGAAAGGGAGAUUUGUCAACUUAGAAGCUCUAUUGAUAGACAAGUUAUGAAUAUUAAACAAAAACUUGUUGACACUGAUGCAGAUAUAUUAAAUGAGUAUGAGAAUUGGUAUUUCUCAGAGGACAAGGAGGUGUACACUAGGCCAGAACAAAACUUAGUGACUGAACCAAUGAGCUCUGACAUUGACAUUUUAGAAGAACCAUUAAGGAUUGGUUUCCAAAGAAUGCAAAGUGCCGAGGUUUGUCCACUAGAAGAGCAAGCGCGGUGGAUGAUUGAAAGAGAAACAACAUCAACGGUUACAAAAGCAUUCAUCCGUGAUCUCAAGAAAAAUGUUGAAGUUUCUAGUGGAUUGCAUAUGUUAGAAUUGAUUCAAGUGAUGACUAGAUUGAGGGAUGAACUUGCAACUCUUAUAAUUAGAAAUGAAAAUAUUGAGACAAGGGGUCAAGGUCAUUAUAACGCACUCCUGCGAACAAGUGGUUCUGAUUAUAUGGAGGAGUUAGCUGCAGAGGAUCUAACAGCUGAAACCAACAAUCACGUGGCUAAGCUGAUACGAAAUCAUGAAUAUUUUAUCUGGAGGCAACAGAGAAAGUUACUUGGUUGUAACAAAGGAAUUGGACAAAGGCGUGAUGAGUCCAGAAUCACUGAGAGGGGGAUUCGUAAUUUGGUGGAGAAAUUAGACAGUAUUAUUAAAUUCGAGGACAAAAAAUGGACCAAGACUCCAGCCUGUCUGGAUCAUGACAAGAGGAAGAAAGGGACAUCGUGUAGUUACAAAAAACUGUUAAUAGAGGAGAGAAAUAGAAUCAAAGAAGAAAAGUGUGCAUCAGAAUUGCAACAACUGGUAGCUGAAGAUACACAGAAAAUUCUUUUUAAAGAUCUACUGGAAAAUUUCUACUUGGAGUUGUGUGAUAGUGAGAGUGAGAGCUUUAUAAGGGAUGAAAUUUACUUUACCUUUUAUAGAGAGACGAUUAAAGAAUUGACUACUACCUAUGAUGCAGCACUUGAAGAGCAUCAACAUUGCUGCCUGCAGAAGAAACUUCAGAAAGAUAUAUGUACAAUCUUUAUGCGGGAAAUGGUUAAUGAAUUCAAGACAAGUAUGGGAUGUAAUGUCACUGAAAUAUCGGGUAAUAAAAAGCAACGGAUUGUAUCUGAGCAAGUUGUCAAAUACAUUAGAAAUGAAGCCUAUUUUGCAAUAUGCCAACAUCAAAAUUUACUUGACCCUGGACAAAGUUCAUUCAAGGAGGAUAUUGACAUUGUGCUGCUUAGAGAAAUAGUCGACGCCUCAAAGAUAAAAAAAGAGGCUUAUGAAUUUCAGAAUUUCAAUAUCUGUUGGCCUAACAUUGUUAGGAGUAUGAAAGAAAUCUUGAAUUGGUGUCAUCGUUCAGAAAAUAUGAUAUAUAUUAAGAAUACAGGGAACAGUUACAUGAAAUCUAAUGAACAAACUCUUUCUUUUCCAAAAUGUCCGGAGCUGAACAUAUAUCUGAUGCCACAGGCAAAUGCUGAGAAUUUAGGGCCAGUAGAGCUGGUCCAAUUUGGCACUGCAAAUCCUUCGAGUGGAUACGUGACUGCCAUCCGUUUAGUGAGUAAAAAUUUACAAAGUUCUUCUAUGCAUCAGCUCAGCACAAGUAAGGAACUACUGAAGGAUCCACAAUGUAGUUGGGGGAUUGAAAUUGAUGAUUUAGAGAGUUUACAUGAAAAAGGGAAGUCUUUGGCCAAACUGAAAACCAUCCAAUCAAUCCUAGGUAGCUCGUCGGAUAUUGUGUUCUCACCUCUCAUAAGGUUUCAAAAGUUACUUAUGGAUUUCAAGACCAUGGCGGAACAGAAAUUACAAAUAAAUGAUAUAAGGUUGGAAAAACUGAAGCAAAAGGUUGAUCUGAUAUUUCAAGCAUCAACCGUAGUGAGGAAAAAUAAUUUGCUAUACAGAGAUGCAUUUGCUAGAAGAUGCUAUAAUCUUCAAUUAGCUGAAAAUGAGGUUGAUUUGCUGGGGGAUGAAGUUGAUGCACUCCUAGGCCUGCUACAUAAGAUAUAUUCGUUACUAGAUCAAUAUUCACCAAUUUUAUCGCUGUGCUUUGAUGUAUCUGGCAUUUUAAAGCAGAUCGAUGAAAAAGUGAAUCGUACAACUGCUCAUGCAGCAAACCAGUGA